AGGAAGUACGUCCACAUCUUGCUAAGUGAGCUAUACAUUUCCAGAGAGAAGUUUGGAGCCUGAGUAUUCUGGGUAAUUCUGAGGAUUUUCGUGUCACUUCGAAGGGAUUUCUAAAGGCUUCGAUUCAAUACUGUUCAUCUAAGGUUCUUUCUAGACUUCCACAGGAUCUAAAAGUGAUUCAGAGACUGUUUUCAAAAUAUAUUUACACGAAGGAGUUACUUACAGCUUACUGUCUGCGUUCACACAGAGGGUUGCAAUGGCCUGAUGACAACCUUGAUGAUGCCCAGCGACUACGGCGUGGAGAUGUUCCUGGGGUCGUCGCCUGUUCUAACCUCCGGGUACCUGGCCACACAGCCCUUCAUCCAUGACUACCCCCGCCUUCAGCCCACUCCCUUACAGACUAACCCACUCCAGUCCACGCCACUCCACUCACUCUGGGGACAUCACGCUUCCACAACCAACCCGCAGUCAUGUUCCUCCUCCUCCUCCGCCUCCUCGAUCAACAAUAACUUCAAAAAUAUGCUCGAGAACCCUUCUUCCUUCUCCUGUGCCUCGUCGUAUAGCAGUGGCCUUAUGAGCAGAGGCAGUUUCAGGAGGUACAACAGUCGUAAAUCGCCUUCCAAAAAGAAAGAGGAAUCACAGCUCCGCCUCCAGCCUAUUAAAUCUUGUCUUGUAGCAAGGCAGGAUGAGGUCGAGGAGGGGGCAGUCUCUCCAACUAGGUUAAAGAAGAAGGUUGUAUUUGCUGAUGACCAGGGUCACCCCCUAACUCAUAUUCGUGUCCUCACGGAACGAUCAGAUUGCCCGCCCAGAUGGACUGCUGACUUCCUUGAACAGGUAACAGGAGGUGCCAAGGCAGAGGCAGUGGCUGACCAGUGGGAACUCGCCUUCCCUCAGCCAGCCUCCGAUUACCUAGGAAUGAGGCAGAAACUUGAAAAAGAAAACGUGUCUUUGGAGAACGUGAUUAUCCAGGAAGCAGAAAACAGAAUUAUUGGCACUGUUAAGGUCCGUAACCUUUCCUACCACAAGGAGGUCAGUAUCAGAUACACCACUGACCACUGGACGACUCACGAGGACGUCCAGGCGAGCUUCGUUCCCUCAACAAGCACCUCAGGUGGUUCCUACGACAUCUACGACAACUUCUCCUUCAUCCUACCCCUUCCCUCCUCCAGCCAGGCGGACAAGCUCGAGUUCUGCGUGUGCUACCAGUGUGACCACGUUGAAUAUUGGGACAACAACAGCAACAAGAAUUACGUCAUAGUGUCCUUUAGGCCCAAGAAGCCCUCCAACGACAUUGGCAAACCCGAGGACGUCUAUGACGUGUCGAUGGACUCCUGGAGCGAGUUUGCCUCCUGGAACAACCUGUCCAUCUCGGACUCUCCCUACUGGUGAACCUCGUGAUAGUUUCCUGAUGAAAGUGAAGAAAGGAAGGUUUUGAUUUAACAUGAAAUGUGAUUGAUGAUGACGCUGGCGGUUCAUUGCGUAGAGAGAGAAAUGCAAUCACAACGAUAACAGGAAGCGAAGUUAGGAAGAAAGGAAGAGACGAAGGAAGUGUUUUUAUUGAAUAGUGAAGAAAAAAUGUGUCCCUUCUCUCUUUCUGGCCCCGCCAUUGUCAAGAAUGGUGAUGACGGUCUAGGAAGGGCAUCUAGAAAAUGUGGUGGUGCUAUGUUGAUUUUCUCACGUUUAUAAAUCAGUAGCGGAAUGUAUUAAAAAUAUCAUUUGAGCAUCAUCGGUAAUGAUUAGAACUCUUUAAAGAAAUAAUUUUUCAUAGCAGUAUCGUGUGACUUAGAUAACCACUCAGGUGAGGAGUACCAUCUCGACUCUUUAACUCGGUAACGGUCAUCAUACAAGUGGGACCUAAUUAAGUCCCAUGGGAUCUAAAUCAUCGCAGUGGCCUUCUUGCAACUAUAAUUCAACUUAAAUGUGAACGUAAUGUGGCCAGAAAGCCACAUGUGGCUUUGUGUAACGAGAGAAAAGUAAGCCCCCUUACAGACUUCAAGCAUCACACUGAUGCUUGAUCAUAAAUCUGAGGGUUGUCUAGUAUUACCCUGCAGUAUGCCCACGCCAAUUGAAGACUCUGUAACCAGCAUCGUCUGUCUCAUCAAGCAUCCAGUAGUCAAUGUCAGUCAAGUCCUGAAGUCAAGAAGAAGUAGAAGACUGGACCAGCAAGCUAGGGGGAAAAAAAGUGCCAAGUCAGCAGUCUGAGAAGGGCUAUAUAAUGCUUUAUCCAGCUUAGAAGACAGGAGGUCCUUGCCCUGCUCGCUAGACAGGAGCGAUGGAGUUGGAACCUGAGCGCGACUCGUCAAAGAAAGCUUUGCAAGAUGACCCACACAGAAAUUGACACCCACCCCUACAGUGCUUCUGGUAACACUGUCGAUUGUUUACAUAUACCAAGAUGUCUGGCAACACUGUGUCCAUCAGACGAAUGACAGCGAAGAUGGUUGUGAGAUGUCUCCGUAGCGUCUUCUGCCAUGCCUUUCUCGGGGAAGAAAGUAUAUAUUACAGAUUCUAUUCUUCAACUCUUAGGACCAGUUGUGGAUAUGACACUUUUUUUUUGGGGGGGGGUGGGGUGGGGGGCGGGUUCAGUCUCCCCCAAUUAUCAUAGCCGCACACAAACGCUCGACCCUGUGACCCCACCUCUUAACUUAACGUAAGAUAAGAAUGUUGUAGUAGAAUAGCUUAUGAGGCUCUUAUUUAAGGUAAAAAAAAAAAAAGAGAAUGUUGGAGAAUAGUUAUUAUUUUAUUUUUAAUUUUUUUUUCUACAAGGCUCUGCUCACCACGUUGUCCAAUGCUGGUCAUUCGGAAGGCGGUGAUAUGAGAGAAAACGGGGAUAUGAGAGAAAACGGGGAUAUGAGAGAAAAUGGGGCUAGGGUUUUCCCUGCCUUUUCCCCUUGUGUUCUUGCAUUCUCAAUACUGACAAAAUUACUGUGAUAAUGAUACUUUUGUCACCAGAGCUAUCUCUCUCUGGUUAGCAGGGCCUUGCGGUCUCUCUCUCUCUCUCUCUCUCUCUCUCUCUCUCUCUCUCUCUCUCUCUCUCUCUUCGAGAAACAUGGCAGAAGGUCUGGAAGACAACCCACCUGGAAAGUGGCAGGAAAGGCAGUAGACUGCUGGAUGCUGAAUGUCAUUAUAAUAAUAGUCUAUUGUUAUUCGGAAAUGCUGAGCUGAACUUGUUCAGUGGAAAAUCACAGUAAAAGUUUAUCGACUUAUCGGCGCACGAUUGGAUAGAUAUUUGUAGUAGUUUAUUAAGUGGACGACACGAUGAAAAAAAAAGGAAAAAAUUGCUUAGUGAAACAUGAAAUUUUAUCUGUGAUAAAACCUAUGUAUCAUCGGAAAUGGUUUAUAGACUCUGACUCAAAAAAAAAAAUUGUCAUUGCCCUGAUAGUGAUACCUUUAAGAUAUACAUAUACACCUUUGAGAUACACACAGCGUUUUUGUGGAUGUGUACUUGUGUACUGUAAAUUGCCCUUUGUGUACAAGCACCUGUACAAGUGCUCUUAACGAGGUCUGUUGAAAGAAGCAAGACUCCUUUUGUGUGUGCGAAAUAUUGCAAUUUAACCCAGAAAGUGUUUGUGACCACAAAGGCUGUGGAAUGAGUUCAUUCUUUUUAGUUUUUGGUUAAAUUUCGACAGAGCCCACCGCCGCCUGCGUGACUAAUUGGUAAAAAGUGUGUUUGAGGACCUGUACAAGAUUUGCUUCGUUUAAAAAAAAAAAUUAACCCUUCCCAAGUGAAGAUUGUAUAGACUAUAAAUAAUCACGUGAAGGUGCCUAUGGAACCCCCUCCCCUCCCCCCUUGUGACCUCAAGGUUGUUGUACGUACCUCGCUGAAGUGAGCUCAUGGAUUUAAAGAGCAAGACCUCCUGACUUCUUUUCUCUUCUGCUGGGAGGUUUGUGAAUGAAGGACCUGUUGGAUGGGGAAGCCAGGGACACAAGUGUGUACUACGUAUCCUAAGGAUUUGGACAGAUUCGAACGCGGGAAUUGAAGGCGAAACAUGUCCUAGUUUUGUAAAGGUUCUCGGAAACAUUCCAGCAAUGAUCCCAUUACAGUAGAGUCGUUGAUCCAAGAAGGAUGACUCCAGAUUUAAAGAAAUGGGAAGCUGGAAUGAUUCUUAGAGAUUUUUUGUUGUAUUUUUUUUUCUCGUAUGUUGUAGGUUCUCGAAGCAGCUGGUGGGUAGAUUCGUGGUUCAGUGAAUCGUCAAGAGAGGCGCGUCCACGUUGCUUCGAGAAAGUAUUAAAGUAGCGUGGUGUGAAUUGGGUGGCACAAGUAGAAUGGAUUUUAGAGAACUCUCUGAAUCUCCCUCUCGAAGUUUUCUAAUUAUUAUUAAGCCUGUUGGUGUGUUUCUAAGCCAUAACCACAGAGCCGUACAAAUAUCAUUGUCCUAUAUCUCGCCUCUUUUAUGUUGUUUUGUGUAGGAUAGUCCCAGGAACUCUUCUUUGUAGAUUCUCCUGCUUAUAAAAACGAGUGUAGAUAAUGUGAAUAUACAAAAUAUCUCUCUUCAAUGUAUAUAGAUAUAUAUAUAUAUAUCUUUCACGUUUGGGUAACCAUAUCACAGCUUCAAGGUGGGAGGGUCAAUUCACCCUGAAAGGCAGGUUUCAGGAAACAAUGUAAAUAGUCAGCAGGGAUGUUAUUUCCCCGCGGAAGGACUCUGCAGAAAGGAUGCAUUGACUCUCUCCCCCACGCGACGAGAGGAAAGGAUUUGAAAGUGAACUUGUCAGAGUGAAGGUUGAUAGGUGUGUAUAGUAUAGGACUCUAGGUAGAAUUUCGCGAAGGAACUACUGAUGGCAGCUGAAGAUAAAUGUAAAUUGCUACUUUCUCUUCCCGUUCUGAAUGUGAUAUAUAAUGUGAUUAGUCAAAGGGCACAUGUAAAGAUAGUCACGACUCCCUUUUGGUACCGUACGGGUACAUGAUGAUAGUACGGUACGUGAUAACAUUUGUAUUUAGAUAAUGCUCUGUACAUAUUCAUUCUUGAGAGCAUAGAAUCUUAGGAAACACCCGAGUGCCUAUAGGGGUGAAGUUUCUUUAUCUUUUAAGAAUAACCCGAAAGCUAUUAUUCCUUAUAUUCUUGAGUAAAACCCCCUCCCCUCCCUCACCUUCGCAGGUGGCCUUAGUAAGGUGGGGGGGCAGGAAGCUCGGAAGGGCGCUGGGAACCAGUGGUUUUAUUCUAUCCCAUUAACACGUAUUUAGGCACAAAUGUAGCGAGACUGAUAGAUUGCUUAAUGAUUAUAUCAUUUGAGUUUAGGAAGCUACUCUGCGUGUGUUUGCUGUUCAGUGUGCCAAACAUAUUUCAUGACAGACGGUGAUAAUGAUAGUGAGGAGAUUCUGGAAUAAUCGCGCUGUCAUAUUAUGAUGAUAAUGAAAGAGUUUGUGUAGCAAAAUCCUAACAAUAGUUAAGUUAAUUUUUCAAAAUAUUUUUUUUUACUUUUAUGGUUUAUGUAACAUUGCUCAAGUUUUUCACUUUUGUUUUUCCUUGGGUUGAGUUUCUCUCUCUCUCUCUCUCUCUCUCUCUCUCUCUCUGUCUGGUGUGUGCGCGUGCGCAAAUGCCCCAAGACACGAACUCGACCAGUGACCUCUCAGGCCAUAUAGGUCAAAGCUAUAUUAGCUUUGAGUCCUUUAUCAAUCCUGUCCUUUUUGAAAACUACAGAAAUUUCACGUCCGAAGGAAACGAGAGACUUCCAGACCUGGAUCCUGGAAGAGGAACCAGUGGGGAGCCAUCGUAAAGGUUCUCAUGGCUCAUCUUCUGAGUCCAGUCAUUAUUUUUUACGGAAAACUGGAUUUCGAAGAGCUUCCAGGAUGCAGGACUGGACACACUAAUCCGUCUUCCAGAAUGACAAAAAGAAUGCUGAAAGAAUGAUCGUCACUUUUCCAGAUGACAAUUUGAGCAAAUUUGUAGACCCCUCCUUUUUUUUUUUUUUUCAUUUUUUUUAUAAUCGCUUCAGCUACUAGUACAUAUACAACACAAUCUUCGUGUUUCUUUAGAACUUAAUUUAACCAUGUUGAGAAAUGAUAAUUUGCAUCAGCACCACCAUAUACAAUUAUUUAAAUGUGUUUUAGCAUUUUAAAAUGACAAGAAAAAAACUAAAAAAAUGGAAUAUAUAUAUAUAUUAUGUAAAUAAAGAUAAUAAUGACCACCCAGCUGAUGGCAACAUCGUGCGCCUGACCUGGACGUCUUCGUCCGAAUAUGGAAGCCUUCGGCGUUCGACUCUGGCUUCGGCUUACGAUGUUGACUCCGUGUAACUGUUACUAUGAUGAACUUCUUUACUUCUGGUUGUGUUGAGAGGAUGCGAAUGCCUGUAUUCGCACUCACUUAUGUCGAAAUGGAUUUAGGAAAAAUAUUAUUAUGACUGUAUAAAAGGAAACUUUAUCUUUGAAUUGUCUGCGGAACAGAAUUAUAAUUAUUAUUAUUUUAUAUUGCACAAUAAUAUUUUAUGAUUUUGAAAAACAUCUUGAAAUAAAAAUUUCUCUGUUCUUAAAA